AUGCGUUCAGUAUUAGGCGAUGAGACAAACGGCACAAUCAGUGACAAGUGGAUCGGUUACGACCGCCAGAAGUAUAUGUCGUGUAUAUUGUCUGACUUCAGGGCCACCGUCGCUGUCAAACCGGUCAACACCUCAUUCAUUGGCCACACAUUCGCGGACAUCACUCCCGACGCGUCCAAAUCAACGCUCACUGUUUGCCAACACUCAGACAUCAAUCCCAUCUCUCAUGUCUACAAAUUCAAUGCCAACACAACCGGCCAUCAGAUGAGUCUGUCCUUUGGUUUUGACAUACAGUCGGAUCAGUCGGUUGUGGUAUUUGUCAAGUACUUCGAAGUGCUGUGCAAUGAGAGCAAGGAUUGUCUCUAUGAAUAUUGUCGUACAAAAGACUUCAACGAGUUGUCGGCCAAAAACUGUUUGCGCACAACUGAGUCAUACAGAUUGGGUCGUAUUGUCACCGGUUUUAGCCAUCAAUGCUCUCAUAACUGGAGGACGAGUCUCAGAGACCGCGUAUAUGUGAGCGAAAUACCAAUAUUUCAGUCCACUAUCGACAUCGAUAUGCAUUACUAUCACAUCGAUGUGACCAAUACUACCGAUGCCUUCAAUCCCGUCCAGUAUUGUAUCUACGAUUGGGUUUUGGACACCAAUAUAAUAAUGAUUGUCUCGUUUGUCUGUCUAAUGCUAAUCGUAUUAAUUGUGAUAAAAUGUAUGAUUGAUUGCCGCCGAAGCCGUCGGAGGAGACGAACGCUACGCAAACACUCGGAACCGCUUCAAGACAUGAAGACCGGCGAACCGGAAUCGGAAUCCAUCAAUAUUGACAUUAUCUUUGCCUAUCGUUCAACUCGAGACCAGUUUCCCUUUGCGGUGACCGAAACCGGUGGACACGACAUGAUAUUAUCGUUGCACUCAUUCCGGGAAGUGGUGUAUGUCUUGUGGACAGCCAUUCAUCUGUAUAUAUUGGGCGCCGUUUAUGUCCUCAAAGAGCUUAAUCGUAAGUACCAUUUGGUCUCCACUGUCCGCCAUCUGUCUCAAGAUGACAAGGAUCUGCCCAAACGAUUGGAUGGCAAAGUGGCCAUCAUUACGGGCGGCUCUCGAGGUAUUGGUCUCGAAGUGGCCAUUGUUUUGCUGCUGAAGGGCUGUCAUGUGAUAAUUGCCAGUUCAGCCAAUCCGGAGAUUGUGGACCAAUUGGUGGCCAAAAUCUUAGCCAAAGUACGCGAAGAGAAUGUGAACAAUGAGAAGAUCGGAAAACUAGAGAUCUGGCGAUUGGAUCUGAUUUCACUCACUUCUGUCGAAGAGUUUGUGAAGAAAUUUCACGCCUCGGGAGUCAAUGAAUUGCAUUAUCUCGUGAACAACGCGGCCAUAAUGUUUGCGCCCAAGAAGUUCACCGACGAUGGCUUCGAGUCUCACUUUCAGGUCAACUAUUUGGGCCACUGUUUGCUUGUGUGGGCACUGAUGCCAGUGAUGGCCGCUUCGGCCCAGCGGUGCGGCCAGAGGUCGCGUGUCGUGAACGUGAGCUCAUCGACACAUUACGCCCGAGACCUGUGUCUGAAUGACUUGCAAUCGGAAGAGAUCUACAGUCCGUUUCAUUCGUACGCUCAGUCAAAGUUGUGCCAAAUUAUGUUCACAUUCAGUCUUAACCAUUGGUUCGCAACUCAUCAACAGUACGGCCAAUACGUGUCCGUCAAUGCACUCCAUCCGGGCGUCGCCUUAACAGAGCUCUACACUAAUGUCUGGUGGGUUAAGAUCGUCCCCUCUCUGGCCAGAGCUCUCUUCAGAACAUCAAAAGAAGGCGCGGAGACUAUACUAAUGCGGUGGGAAAGGAGGGUUAACCUCCCGUAA